AUGCACCCGCCGCCAACAACGCUGAGACUAGACCGCCUGAAGCAACCGACAGGUCAGCGCCUGAGUCUAGUAGCGAGGCUCGGACCGGUCUUCGCGGCCCACCUUUACGGCGUUCGUACGCAUCGUCGCUACACGACCACCAGGUGUUCCUUGUCCUCGGCCGGCGUCAGCCCGACCGUCACCACGGCUCCAGUCACCACGUUUUUGGCCAAGCGCCCGGCCAUGUGCUUUAAGCAGUUGCACGGCUUCCUCAUCCGUGAUUCCAGGACACUCACGGACCUUAUGGCGCCGGUGCCGCUCUCGGUGGCGCCUGCGCUGAUGCUGGCCUAA